AUGGCAGAUCAAUCAUCAGAACAACAAAACCCUUUGGUGGUAUUUGUAACUAUUGCAUCAAUUAUAUUAUCAUUUGUUGGAUUUUAUUUUUUUAGACAAUCUCAAAAAUCUACUAAUAAAUCAUCAAAACAAACAUUUGCAUUAAUACCUGAUAAAUUUCAAAAAUUUCCAUUAAUAGAUAUUAAAAAAGUAAGUCAUAAUUCAGCUAUAUAUAGAUUUGGAUUAAAUAAACCAACAGAUACUUUAAAUUUACCAAUAGGUCAACAUAUUUCAAUUGGUGCAAUAAUAGAUGGUAAAGAAAUUGUUAGAUCUUAUACUCCUAUAUCAACCAGUGAUCAACAAGGUCAUUUUGAUUUAUUAAUUAAAACUUAUGAAAAUGGUAAUAUUUCAAAACAUGUUGCUUCAAAAAAAAUUGGUGAUACAAUUGAAAUUAGAGGUCCAAAAGGUUUUUUUACACAUACACCAAAUAUUAAAAAGACAUUAGGAAUGAUUGCUGGAGGUACUGGUAUUGCACCAAUGUAUCAAAUUAUUACUGCUAUUAUGAAUAAUCCAGAAGAUAAAACCGUAGUUCAUUUAAUUUAUGCAAAUGUUACUGAAGAUGAUAUUUUAUUAAGAAAAGAAUUAGAAGAUUUUUCAAAACAACAUCCAGAUAGAUUAAAAAUUCAUUAUGUUUUAAAUGAAGCUCCUAAAGAUUGGGAAUAUUCUACUGGAUUUGUUACUCCAGAUUUAAUUUCAAAACAUUUACCUCCACCUUCCGAAGAUACUAAUCUUUUAUUAUGUGGUCCUCCACCAAUGAUUAGUGCUAUGAAAAAAGCUGCUGUUUCAUUAGGUUAUGAAAAAGCAAAACCUGUUUCAAAAUUAGGUGAUCAAGUUUUCGUUUUCUAA